UUCCCGGAGCGUCGCGUCCUUAGAUUCAUUGUUGUUUACUUGCGCAAAUCUUCCCUUUUUACGUAAAGUGUGCUCGUUUUAAAUACUCUUUACUUGUGAUUCCGCUUCUAACCUCGACGAUAACAUGACUUCUCUCGAAAUGCGUGCUCUGCCUGGAGCCGGAGAGAACCCUGUGAGGAUGGGCAAAGCGGCUGUACCAGGGCCGAGGAGAGCAGCGCUGGGAGAACUCACCAACUUCAACCCCACAGCCGUCAACACACAGAGAGGAGCAGCUAAGUCCAAGCCCUCUGCUGCUCUGAAGACCAGGCAGCCUGAAAAGCAGCCUGAAAAGCGGCCUGAGAAGAAGCCUGAGGUCCAACCCCAGCAGGUGGAGGUCCCAGCGGCCACUGAGGCCCCCAAUGCCCCUGAGGUUCCUGGAGCCCCGCAGCAGCUGGAUGUGUCCAUGAAGGAGGAGAGCGAGCUGUGCCAGGCCUUCUCUGAGGUGCUGCUCACAGUGGAGGAUGUGGAUGAACAGGACUCUGACCAGCCUCAGCUCUGCUCUCAUUACGUUAAAGACAUCUACAGAUAUCUGCACGAGCUGGAGCAGCAGCAGGACGUGAGGCCCCACUACAUGCAGGGCUACGAGAUCACGGGCCGCAUGAGGGCGCUGCUCGUGGACUGGCUGGUCCAGGUGCACUCCAGGUUUCAGCUGCUGCAGGAGACUCUGUAUCUGACUGUGGCCGUGCUCGACCGCUUUCUGCAGGUGCAGCCGGUGUCUCGCAGGAAGCUGCAGCUGGCCGGGGUGACGGCCAUGCUGGUGGCCUGUAAGUUUGAGGAGAUGUACGCUCCGGAGGUGGGAGACUUCGCCUACAUCACAGACAACGCCUUCAGCAAAGCCCAGAUCCUGGAGAUGGAGCAGGUGCUGCUGCGGAGCAUCAAGUUCCAACUGGGACGCCCUCUGCCCCUGCACUUCCUGCGCAGGGCGUCCAAAGUGGCCAAUUCUGACGUGGAGAGACACACUCUGGCCAAAUACCUGAUGGAGCUGACUCUGCUGGACUACGACAUGGUUCACUUUCGUCCGUCUGAGAUCGCGGCUGCAGCUCUGUGCCUGUCACAGCUGCUGCUCGAGGGGCUGACCUGGUCUCCCACUCAGCAGCACUACUCCACUUACGACGAGGCCCACCUGAGGCCCAUCAUGCAGCACAUCGCCAAAAACGUGGUCCAGGUCAACGACGCCAAGGCCAAGUUCACGGCGGUGAAGACCAAGUACUCGAGCAGUAAACUGAUGAAGAUCGCCCUGGUCCCUCAGCUCAGCUCUCCCAUCAUCAGGAGCAUGGCGGCCGCAGUGGAGCAGAGUCACUGACACAGACCAGAGCCCGGGACAAGAACGCACUUUAUUUUUCACUCAGUCCUGAGGUUUAGAGGAUUUUUAGAGAUGACCUUUUUAGCUUUUUAAAAUCAAUGCUUUUACAGCUUGAUCCCUUUUCAUAAAAGAUUAAUUUCUUACCAUUUUUAAUAUAUUACAGACUUUUGCCUCCAUUGUGGUGUGUACAUAAUGUUGUGGAUUGCAAAAUGUAAAAUAAAUGUAAACUUAAAA